GUUGAGGAGCUCUACAAGAAAGCCCAUGCUGCCAUCAGAGCUGACCCAGAAGCCAAGGUUGCAGCCAAGAAGGAGGUGGAGAAGAAGAGAUGGAAUCGGGUAAAACUGUCCAAUGCCCAACGCAAGGCCCGUAUUGCACAGAGAAAGGCUGCAUACCUCAAAACCCUGGAGACAGAGGCUGCAUGA